CUUCCAGACUAAAAAGGAAGAAAGGCCUGGCAAUCUACUUCUGAAAAUCAGCCAGUGAAAACCCUAUGGAUCACAAUGGUCUGAUCCACAGCCAAUCAUGGGGAUGGCACAGGGCUGGGCAGCAUUUUGUUCCAUUGCACUUGGGGUCACCAUGAGUCGGGGGUCAGCUUGACUGCAACCAACAACUUUUUUUAGUUGUAAAGAUAUAUAUAACACGAUAUUUGCCAAUCCGAGAUUUUUCACGGGUACGAUUUAGUGACACCAAUUAUUUUAAUCGUGUUGUGCGACCAUUCCCAAUAUCCCUUGCCAAAUUUUCCACCACCGUAAAACAACCAAAGUUUUUAAUUGCGGACAUUUCCAAGCAUUCAGUAAGUAGGGGGAACAGUGUGGUGGCCCUUCACAAACUCAUCCUCCAGCAAACAGGAGCAUCGUGUCCUAUACUCUAACGCUGCUUUUCUAGCCAAGGAAGGAACAACUAACUCACGGGGUGUGGGAUUUGAACGCCAGCCACUUGAAUUUGAGGCCCUGGGACAUUGGCUACACAGCCAGCCUCCGUGAGUCACUCCAGGAAUUGGAGCACUGUGGGAGGAGGGUGGAGCUACCAAGGGCGGGAGAGCGAGACCUGGGUGUUCCUGGAGGCAGUGGUAAAGGUGAGUGGAAGGGUGUUCCAGGGAGCUGUUGAAUGGAAAGUGCAGAAGCUUAAAGGUGCUGGGCACGUUUGAGGAGCAUCAGGUUAACAAUGUGGUCAUUGAUUUCCCUGGGGGUGGAGGUAAGCAAAAAAAAAAAGCACCUGCAAAUUCAGGUGAAGCCCAGGAAGUGGAGGGCUGGGAAUACCAGGUUGGGGAAUAUGCACUUUUUUGCUUAGCAGCAUGAGUAGCACUGGGAAGUUUGGGAGCCAGGGCAGUGACAUGAUUAACAGAAAUGCUUUAGGAAAAUUGAGAGCCAACAGGAAGCGGGUGGCAGAAGGAUCAGAGCCCCUGCAGCCACUGGCAACAGGGCCUGUCCAACUCUGUGGGUUUGGAGAGAAAUGGUUGGAGAAGUGGAGAGUAUUCUGCCAAGUCCACCACCAGCUGGCUGCCUGACCUCGGGCAGGUGUCUUCAGUGAGUGCUCUGGGCCUGUGUUUGCAUCUGAGAGGCGACCCAGUCACCGGGCCUGCCUCACCGGACUGGCAGGAGGGCUUAAUGCGUUAAUGUCUGUGGAGUGGUACAUGGUAAAGUCUGUAACUGUUUGGCUGCUAGUUCUAGCAGACACAGGAGACUGUAAAGCCAAAAACCAAACCCGUUGCUGUCGAGUCAUUUCUGACUCAUAGCCACCCUAUAGGACACAGUAGAACUGCCUAGGGUUUCCAAGGAGCAGCUGGUGGCUUUGAACCGCCGACCUUUUGGCUCGCAACUGAGCUCUUAACCACUGCGCUACUGGGGGUGAAAUGUGAAGGAGCUAUAUGAGUUGCCUGGUGUGUGCGGGUGAGUCAAUUCCAACCCACAGCAACCCCACGUAACAGAGUAGAACUGCCCCGGAGGCUAUAAUCUUUACGGGAGCAGGUGGCCAGGCCUUUUCUCCUUCAGAGCUGCGAGGUGGGUUCAAUCCACCACUACUUUUGGUUAGCAGCUGAGUGCUUCACUGUUGUGCCACCAGGGCUCCUUUUGAGUUGCCUGGGGCUGCCGUAACAAAGUGACAUUUAUUCUCUCACGGUCUGGGAGUCUGAAUUCAAGGCAUCUCGGGGCCAUCCCUACUCUGUCUCCUCUACAGGAAGCUCUUUCCUGGUCUCUUCCAGCUUCUGGUAGCCCCAGGCAUUCCUUGGUGGUCUUUGGCCUGUUGUAGGCACAUCUUCAUUUGGCCCUCUUCUCCUUCCGUCUCCUCUUUUGUGAAGACUCCACUCAGAUAGGAUCAAAGAUGUGGUGAAACCCACGUGAAUUGGUUCACUACAGGAAGAAGCACAUUGCAAAGUUGACACCACAGUGAAGCUUGGCUGCUUGUGACAGAAGCUUCGGCAAUUGCUGGAAUAACUAGAGGAAGAAACAUGAAACCGUAGCUGCUUCACCCAGAGAGAGCAUUCUAAGAUGGCAGCUCAGCGCAUCCGAGCUGCCAACUCCAGUGGCCUCCCUCGGUGCAAGUCCGAGGGGACCUUGAUUGACCUGAGCGAAGGAUUUUCAGAGACGAGCUUUAACGAUGUCAAAGUGCCUUCCCCCGGUGCCUUGCUCGCGGACAAUCCCACACCUUUUGGAAAUGCAAAGGAAGUGAUCGCAAUCAAGGACUAUUGCCCGACUAACUUCACCACCCUGAAGUUCUCCAAGGGCGACCAUCUCUAUGUCCUGGACACAUCAGGCGGUGAGUGGUGGUACGCCCACAACACCACAGAGAUGGGGUACAUCCCUGCCUCCUAUGUGCAGCCCUUAAACUACCGAAACUCAACCCUGAGUGACAGCGGGAUGAUCGACAAUCUUCCAGACAGCCCAGAUGAAGUCGCCAAGGAGUUGGAUUUGCUUGGAGGAUGGACAGAUGACAAGAAUGGGCCGAGCAAAGGUUACAGUAAUAACCCUUUCUGGAAUGGGGUCAAGACAAAUCCAUUUCUGAAUGGGAACAUGCCAGCGAUGCCCAGCUUAGAUGACCUAAACCCCAGAAGUACUGUGGAUUUGCUACUUUUCGAUACAGCCCCACCCUCUGUCACCGAAUCCAGCUCCGUCACCACUAACAGCACUGGCAACGUCUUUGACGAGCUGCUGUCCACAGGUGGACUCAGCACGGAGCAGCCGGUCAAGCGGGACAACCCGUUCUUUAGAAGCAAACGUUCCUACAGCCUGUCAGAGCUCUCUGUCCUCCAGGCCAAGUCCGAUGCCCCCGAGUCCUCCAGUUUCUUCACUGGGCUGAAAUCCCCUGCUCCCGAGCAGUUCCAGAGCCGGGAGGAUUUUCGGACUGCCUGGCUGAACCACCGGAAGCUGGCCCGGUCUUGCCACGACUUGGACUUGCUUGGCCAGAGCCCUGGUUGGGGCCAGACCCAAGCGGUGGAAACAAACAUCGUGUGCAAGCUGGAUAGUUCCGGGGGAGCCGUGCAGCUCCCCGACACCAGCAUCACCAUCCACGUGCCCGAAGGUCACGUGGCUCCUGGGGAUACUCAGCAGAUCUCCAUGAAGGCACUGCUGGACCCUCCGUUGGAGCUCAACAGUGACAAGUCCAGCAGCAUCAGCCCCGUGUUGGAGGUGAAGCUGAGCAACCUGGAAGUGAGAACCUUCCUCGUCUUGGAGAUGAAAGUGUCCGCCGAGGUGAAAAACGACAUUUUUAGCAAAAGCUCGGUGAGCCUCCAGUGCCUGAGGAGCGACUCAAAGGAGGGUCCCUAUGUCCCCAUCCUGCUCACCUACAACUACGGGGAUACGGUCCAGGUCCACCUGGAGAACCUGGAGCCCUGUAUGUACCUGGCCAUCGUUGCCCACAGCCCCAACGUUCUCUACCCAUCCACCGUGUGGGACUUCAUCAAUAAGAAAGUCACGGUGGGUCUCUACGGUCCCAAACACAUCCACCCAUCUUUCAAAACGGUGGUGACCCUUUUUGGGCAUGACUGUGCCCCAAAGACUCUCCUGGUCAGUGAGGUCACCCACCAGACCCCUAGCCCUGCCCCGGUGGCAUUGCAGCUAUGGGGUAAGCACCAGUUCGUUUUGCCCCGGCCCCAGGAUCUCAAGAUUUGUAUGUUUUCCAACAUGACCAAUUAUGAGGUCAAGGCCAGUGAACAAGCUAAGGUGGUGAGAGGGUUCCAGAUGAAGCUGGGCAAGGUGAGCCGCCUCAUAUUCCCCAUUACCUCCCACAGCCCCAACGAGCUCUCCGACUUCACCUUGAGGGUCCAGGUGAAGGAUGACCAGGAUGCCAUCUUGACCCAGUUCUGCGUCCAGACUCCGCAGCCCCCACCCAAAAGUGCCGUCAAGCCAUCCGGGCAGAGGCGGUUCCUCAAGAAGAACGAAGUUGGGAAAAUAAUCUUGUCCCCAUUUGCUGCCACUGCCAAGUACCCAACCUUUCAGGACCGUCCGGUGUCCAGCCUCAAGUUCGGCAAGUUGCUCAAGACAGUGGUGAGGCAGAGCAAGAACCACUACCUCCUGGAGUACAAGAAGGGCGACGUGAUUGCUCUGCUGAGCGAGGAGAAGGUCCGGCUCAAGGGGCAGCUGUGGACCAAGGAGUGGUACAUCGGCUACUACCAGGGCAAGGUCGGGCUGGUGCACACCAAGAACGUGCUCGUGGUCGGCAAGGUCAAGCCGAGCUUCUUCUCUGGGCCAGAACUGAGCACUUCAGUGCUGCUGGAGCAGAUUCUGAGACCCUGCAAGUUCCUCACCUACAUCUAUGCCUCCGUGAGGACCCUGCUGAUGGAGAACAUCAGCAGCUGGCGGGCCUUCGCAGACGCCUUGGGCUACGUGAACCUGCCGCUCACCUUUUUCUGCCGCGCAGAGUUGGAUAGUGAGUCCGAGCGAGUGGCUUCUGUCCUGGGCAAGUUGAAGGAGGACUGUAACAACAUGGAGAACAAAGACAGAAAGUCCUUUCAGAAGGAGCUGAUGAUGGCCUUACUGAAGAUGGACUGCCAGGGGCUGGUGGUCAGACUCAUCCAGGACUUCGUGCUCCUGACCACGGCCGUCGAGGUGGCACAGCGCUGGCGGGAGCUGGCUGAAAAGCUCGCCAAGGUCUCUAAGCAGCAGAUGGAUGCAUACGAGUCCCCCCACCGGGACAGGAACGGCGUGGUGGACAGUGAGGCCAUGUGGAAACCCGCAUACGAUUUCCUACUCACCUGGAGCCACCAGAUUGGAGACAGCUACCGCGAUGUCAUCCAGGAGCUGCACAUCGGCCUGGACAAGAUGAAAAACCCCAUCACCAAACGCUGGAAACACCUCACAGGGACCCUGAUCCUGGUGAACUCUCUGGAUAUUCUGAGAGCAGCUGCCUUCAGCCCUGCAGACCACGAUGACUUUGUGAUAUGAGCGGGUUCCCUCUCAGUCUUUCUGCACUGGGUGCCCAUGUGGUCACCAUGAAGCUAGGGAGGGAGGCAAAGCCACCUGCACAGACCGAUGUCAGGGUACUGCAGGCUGGACUGACACCCAGGACUGAGCACUCGCCAUGCUCAGCCCUUCUCCUCCACCCAAGGAGGCUAAGGGGAUUUUCUACUGCAGGUUGUUGCCAAUCAAAUAGCUUUCUAUUUGUUAAGCAUAAGUUUAAAUUUCAAAUCACUUUUUUAAGGUAUGGGGGGGAGACACAUGAAAAAGGUUGUCUAAUUUUUUAAUGGACCAUAAAGGUAAAAAAAAAAAAACACUUAAUGUGGGCAGAUGCUGUUGAGGUUUUUAUGUUGUAUAAAGACCUUUUUAAAUUAUGUUACAGAUGUAAAUAUGUAUUUAAGGUCAUUGGGGCAUUUCUGAUUCCCAGCCACACUUUGCAUUUCAGCAGCUAGCACGGGAAGGCAGUUGUUCACGUGUUGGACCUUCUCCAGUUCGUACUCGUGAAAGGGUCCAUCAAAUAGAAAAAGCGGCUUUCAGUAAAUUAGUAUUGCUCAUGCCUGUCUUUCUGAGAACGCCCAAGGCCCAGCUCCCCUCUUAUUUUAAUUCUCUUUCAUACCUUUUACUCAUAUGGUAGUAAAUGAUAAUCCACAGCACAAGUGAAUCUUUUGUGAGCUUUAGUGGGCAGAGUUAGCUCCAACAUUAGUGAUUAGGUGCCAUCAAGAUGUUCCUGCCAAUAGGUUAGAAAGCACCUCAGAGUUGUUGACAUUUUUACGGGGGGAGGGGUGGCGUUUCCACUUGGAUCCGUGGCCCCAGUCCAGGUGUGAUUGGUCAUUGGAAGAACAAUGCCAUUUCAUUUGCGAGCAAGGUAGAUGACCCCGAGUCAGAGCCUGAUGGCCACCUACCCUUCUUACACCUCUCUUAAACACUGGUUGGCCUCAGACUUGAUGCCACAUAACUUACAAUGGAGGUGCUUGCUGCCAAUUGCCAAACCCCACUUGUUUCAUCUGAAAUUUAACUGUUUUCCUUUCCUGGUAUACCCAUGUCUCCUUGGAAAUACGUACUAUAAGGGAAAACCAUCUUCUGCACAAUAGAAAGAUGAUCGAGCAGGAUGAACAUUUUCUUAAAAUCAAAUUGUUCCCCAUGUAAAGUUAGGGAUUUAGUGUUGUUUUAAUAACUAUCACCUCUAGGGUUGUAGAUCAGCUUGGGUACGUGUGGGCAUGCUGACGCUAAAUUCCCUGCAUUGACACUAAAUCCCCUGUAAUUGGAAACAGCAGGCUGGAUGGGUGAAAUAUCUUGCAAAUCUGUAGUGAGGUGAUUCCCAGGGACGUGCAGGGACUCAGCUGUGUUUGUCUGCAGCGACGCUGGGCCACUGGAGACCCCUGAAUCUCAUUCUCCAAAUCUGCUUUCUUGAAACGUGUUGUCACUUAGCUUAUAAUGAGUUCGCAUAAUCAGUGCAUAAUCUCUUAUUGGGCUGAGCACUGUUUCAUAUCUACUGAUUCAGAAACUGAAGACCAGCAGACUGACCAAAAAAUUAGAUAUUUUAUUCCACAAAGACUAGGACACAUACAAUUCCCCAGUCAUCAGAUGGAAUAACCUUAAAUUCUGCUUCUCGUCUCUCCACUGUCAUUCGCACCAGAGAUCAUCUCUCACCUUCUCCCCAAAGAAGAAACAAAACCAGUUGCACCUUAAACCAUGAAUAUUUUUCCUCAGGGGCUUUAAAAUAGUUUCCUAUGCAACACGUCUUGUAGCACAAAUUCUAACAAAAGUUGCAGUAAAUUUUAUUUGGAUAUUUUAACUUGUUAAGUGUGUGUGUGUGUUUCUGUACCCAACCAAACUUUAAAUAAAGCAAAAAUAAAGCCUAGUAUAAGUAUCUGUGCAUAGAGCAAUGAUCCCUCCCCUAAACAACACCUCUAGAUGACAGCAUGACCAUCCAUUUAACCAGCUGCUGUCAACCCCGACUGGUGGUGCCUCCGUGUGUAUCAGAGUAGCACUGAUCUCCAUAGGGUUUUCAGAAGGAGAUCGCCAGGCCUUUCUUCCAAGGCACCUCUGGGUGGACUCAAACCUCCAACCUUUCAUUUAUCAGCCAAGUACAUUAACUGCACCACCCAGGGGCUCCAGCAACCCAUUUAGCAGGUGUUUUGGAUUGAAUUGUGUCCCCCAAAAAUAUGUGUUAUAAAUCCUGACCUCUAUGCUUAUGGUUUCCCCCCCACGGUCUGUGGCUUUACUCCCAUUUGGGAAUGAGUUGUCUUUCUUACAUUAACGAGACAGGGUUAGUGUAGGGUGUGUCUUGAGUCAGUCUCUUCGAGAUGUAAAAGAAAUUAGACAAGCACUUUGCCUAAAGAAGCAGAGAUGGGGGAAGAGUGAUGCCAAGCCGUGUGAAGACUGCCCAGGAGCUGAAGCUCAGAAGAGACGUGGACCUUCCUCCAGAGCUGACAGAGAAAGAAAACCUUCCCCUAGAGCUGGCACCCUGGAUUCAGACUUCUAGCCUCCUAAACCGAGAGAAUAAAUUUGUUCAUUAAAGCCAUCCACUUGUAUUUCUUACAGCAGCACUAGAUAACUAAGACAACAGGUGUCUGUUUUCUUGCUUAUAAUUUAAUUGCUGUUGAAACAUGGGAGUUCAGCCAGCACUGACCAAGUGGGAAUCGUGCUGCCCGCAGCGUCCAAAGGGAAGCAACUUGAUGCCUGGCCUUUUUCUGUGUUCCCCUGGAACUGGAAAUCCCAGUUCUACAACACAAAGUUUAGGGACUGAGGUAUUUCCGAGUUCUGCUGAUAGUGUUCCAUCAAGGGGGUGGGGAUGGGUGGGAUCCAGUAAGAGAGACCAGCCUGCCUGGAGGUGGAGGACUGGGGCCCAUGGAAGGCCUCCUGAGGCAGUGACUUUGAUCCAGGCCAGAAGGCUGAAUAGGAACCAGCUGGACCAAAGACCUACCAGACCUGGGGACAGUGUGUCGGAAGUACUGAGACAGUGUGUGGGACACGAGGCUGAACACGCCAACGUGGCUAGCUAGAGUUUGUGGAGUGAGCAAGGGCCUUCUGUGAGUGCCCCUCUGCCUUCCGCCAGCGCCCCUCUACUCUCCAUGAGUGCCUCUCUACCCUCAGUGUGUAUGUUAUUUCUAGCCUGGUCAGCUAGGGGCAGGGGUGCCUCAAUGGUAGGCUAUUCACCUUCCAUGUCGGAGACCUAGGUUCAAUUCCGGCCAAGGCACCUCAUACACAACCACCACGCAUCUGGACUAGGAAAAAAGACCUGGUGAUCUGCUUCCAAAAAUCCAAAAGUGACCCCCAACCAAUCAUGAGGAUGAUACAGGGGCACCAGGCAGCGUUUCAGUCCGUUGUGCAUGGGGUCGCCGUGAGC